AUGCCACACAAUCCACUGGGGGCCGCAGGGCCCCGCGUAGCUGUUGCAUGUGGGGCCCACCUGCUGCCGACAGCUACGAGUUCAAAGCUGUAUGGUCCUGGAGACGCGGGGGCCCCCCAAGCAGCAGCAGCAGCAGCAGCAGCAGAAAGCGCAGCAGCAACAGCCAUACUGUGGGAGGAACUGCCUGAGGAUAACAAUGGCCUUUGUCUUAUAGACCUGCAGGGUGAGGCCCUGAUGGCCAUUCAGAGGUCACCCGACACAGCAGCAAAGGUUGUGCCGCUGCAGGCUUCGUCGGAAGCAGCAGGAGAGAAGCAGCAGCAGCAGCAGGAGGGCGGUGCAGGCUGCGAGCUUUGGGGUGCAGGGGCCCUGGCUGUGCUGCGGCGCGUGCGGCGGCCGAUACAGUUGAAUGUUGCGGGGUGUACGUACACCUCAGAUGCUGCAGCAGAGACAGAAGCAUGGGAGCUGCAGGGGACAGUGAAAAAGGCUCUGUCUUUCUGCACUCCGCCGGUGCUGAACCCCUUCAAGGAGCUCUUCGUUACCCAGACAGCAACGCUGCAGCAGCAGCAGCAGGGAGGAGCAACAGCAGCAGCAACCAGUGCAGCUGCUGCUGCUAUUGCUUCUACAGCCGAAGCAGCAGCACCUGAUAUACCCGCCAGUGAUGCUGUGUGGCUCAUAGCAGCAUCACCGCAUCUGCAGCACAUGCAGGAUUCGUGGCAGCUGCUGCACCUGGGCAGCGCGGUGCGCGAGGAGGUGCAGCAGCAGCAGCAGCAGCAGCAGCAGCGGCUGCUGCUGAUAAAGAGCCGGCCUGCUGCACUGCCUCUCUCCCCCACUGCUGCGCAGCAGCGGGAGGAAGAAGAAGCUGUCAUCUGCACCCGCAGCAGCACACUGCGGCCGUUGCAGAACACCAUAGACGGAGAGGUGCUCGUCUGCUGCAGGACCCCUGCUGCUGCUGCUGCUGCUGCAGCAGACGAUGAAGUCAUGGUCGUGGACGAUGAGGGCAGCAACAGCAGCAGCAGCAACAGCAGCAGCAGCAACAGCAGCAGCAGCAACAGCAACAGCAGCAGCAGCAACAGCAGCAGCAGCAACAGCAGGGCAGGCAGUCAUGGGGUUGCAGUUCUGGGCGUGUGCAGGUCUGUGCUGCAGCUGGAGAAAUCACGCGGGCGGUUUAACCAGGUGCAGCAGCUGCUGCAGCUGCCGCUGCAGCAGGUGCUGUCUGUGCAUCCGCAUGCAGUGCCCGCAGCAGCUGCUGCUGCUGGGCGCACGGUGCUGCCAUCUGCUUUCCUGCUGCAGCAGGUGCAAGCCUCCCCUGUAGAGACAGCAGCAGUCCUGCUAGGCGACGCAGGCCUCGCCUUUGGUGACGCUGACGCAGCUGCUGCUGCUGCUGCAGCAGCAGCAGCAGCAGCAACAGCAGCGUCUCCUCAGCAGACGCAGCAGCAGCGCUUGAGUGAGCUGCUGCACAAGCUGCCGCCCCUGUGGGGGUCGCUGCCUGCUGCUGUCUCUGGCGUCGUUCUCUAUGAUCCAGACGUAGGCGGAUAUUUCUCUGUCUCUGCUGCUGUGCUGCACAAGUGGGUGCUGCGCAUAGCAGACUGUAUAGCCCUGGGGAGCAACAGCAGCGGCAGCAACAGCAGCAGCAGCAGCAGCAGCGGGAGCGAGUGGUUUACUGUUGGCUGGGCGUUGGAUGCCAUUGAGAGCUGCGUGCAGCAGCACGGGCUUGUUGUGCCGGAGCUGCGUAUACACCCCAACGGAGCAGCAGCAGCAGCAGCAGCAGCAGCAGCAGCAGCAGCAGCAGCAGCAGCAGCAGAGGGCGCUGCAGCAGACAGCGAGAAAUAUCCUCGGUUGACAGCAGGUCUGCUGCUGCAGCUGCUGCGGCACUUCUGUGACGUGCGGAUCCCGCAGCUCUGCUGCAGCAGCCACCCCACGGCCUUUGGGGACAGCUGUCCCCCUCUUCCUACAGAAGCAGGUGCAGCAGCAGCAGCAGCAGCAGCAGCAGCAACAGCAGCAGAAGGGGACCUGGUAGAUGCACUGAGCUCGUUAGAGAGAGUCCUGGGGGACCCAGAGACGGCGAGAAAAGCAGAGGCAGCAGUGAGCCUGCUGAAGCUGCAUUCGUUGCUGGCAGCAGAAACAGCAGCAAGUGUUGGGCUGCUGCUAGAGCUGCAGUUUGUUGCUGCAGCAGACAUUAAGAAAUUCUGCGUCGCCCUGGGGAGGCGGUGGCAGCAGCUGCCUCUCAGUAUCGUGCAGGGGGGAGAGAGGCACCUGGAGGCCCGUGUUGCAGCGGUGAAGGCUGCUGCUGCUGCUGCUGUUGUUGCUGUUGCUGCUGCUCAAAGCCAGCAGCAGCAGCAGGAGCAACAGCAACAGCAGCAGCAGCAGCAGCAGCAGCAGCAGCAGGAGGAAGCGGUGCAUGAGUUGUUACUCGCAGCAGCUGAUCAUGUGCCCCUGCUGGCUGUGUGGUUUCAUCGGGAGCAGCUGCAGCAGAAGACAGGCCGCUCUCUAUCUGCUGCUGCGCUGCUGCGCUGCUGCUGCUUCGGCUUCCCUGACCUCCGCACGGACUUCAGGCAGCAGCAGGCAGCUGCCCCCAGGUGUCUCCUCUACCCCAACCGUUCCCCAGAGGGACUUAGCAGUGAAGCUGGGGGCUCCGCCGGCCGGGUACUGCUUCGUGUUUCAGACGGUCUUGUCUGCGGCGACGCAGGAGAAGGUCACCUCCUUCAAGUCCAGGAACGUUCCUCUCCCCUUCUGGGAGCUCGAGUGAUAUAUCAGCUCAGCAGCAGCAGCAGCAGCAGCAGCAGCAGCAAGAGCAGCAGCAGCUGCAGCAGCAGCAGCAACAGGGAGGCAGCUGCUAGGCCCAGCUCGGCGGGGCGUUUGCUGCAUGCGUCCCCUGGCUUGAAGUAA